GUUGACAUGAUACACACGCUCUUCCCGCCAAAUUCAGGAACACAUUGCGGUCUCGAGCUGAGAGCAGGAGUCGGGGUGAUACGUUCUCGAUAUUUUACGGUUUUAACUGGUUGUUUGAUUUCUUUUUAUUGACGAGCAGCGGCGAGACAAGAUGUAUGUUAAAGUGAGAACAAUGGAUGGCAGCCAGACUGCUGUCGUGACCAUAUCCAAACUGACUAGUGUGGAGGACUUCAGGUCCAUGGUGGAGGAGAAGUUGAAGGUGGCGGCCGACAGGCAGCGUUUGUUCUACCGUGGCAAGCAGAUGGAAAAUGGCUACAGCAUGUUUGACUACAAUAUUAACAUCAACGAUGUAAUUCAGCUGAUGGUUAAGCCAGUGCUUACAGAAACUAAUCCAAACACUUCAAAUAAGCCCAGUGUGAAGAGAGAGACCAGCUCUAAGGCAGAUAAAGAAAAUGUACAGAACAAUAAUGAGAAGAGCAAGAUUAGUAUAAUAGAAGAAGAAAGUGAAUACUACAGAGUUGGAGAACUGAUAGAUGGAAAAUAUCUCUAUGAUGGAACAUGGUGGGAAGGAAAAAUUGUCAAGAUAACAUCUAACCCAGAAACGAAACAGACGUCUAGUGAUGAUGAUGGUUUCCUCUACCAUGUUGUUUAUGAAGGAAAUGAGAGUGAUGAGCCCUCGGAGCAGUUGCUAAAGAACAUCCGACCCCGUGCUCACAAGAAGAUAAGUUUUAAUGAUGUAAAUCCUGGAGAUAUCAUCAUGGCCAACUACAACAUUGAAGACCCUGAGAAAAGAGGACAUUGGUUUGACUGUAAAGUCAAGAAGAUUAUCAGCACAAGAACGCAAAAGGAAUUAGUUGUUACAGUCUAUAUUGGAUCCGAUUCUACUCUAGAUGACUGUCACAUACAUCUUGUAAAUGAGCUGUUUGCUGUUGAAAAAAAUAUUAAGUUGCGCCAACGAAAUGAAGAAAUGAAAAGGAUUGUUGUUGAAGGGUCCCCUUCUAAAAGAAAAAAUGCUCCCAAUUGUUCAACGUGUAAGGACAACCCAAGACGCAAGUGUAAGGACUGUGGGUGCAAUGAAUGUGGUGGGAAGGAGAAUCCGGAGAAGCAGCUCAUGUGUGAUGAAUGUGAUAUGCCAUUCCAUAUAUAUUGUCUCACACCACCGAUGGAAAGCAUACCUGAUGUGGAUGAAUGGUUCUGUCCUUUGUGUAAAAAUGAUGAUAGUGAAAUAGUCAAAGCUGGUGAGAAACUGAAGGAGAGCAAGAAAAAGGCAAAAAUGGCUUCAUCAAAGGGCAACACAUCACGAGACUGGGGGAAAGGCUUUGCUUGUGCUGGGCGACAGAAGAUCUGCACCAUUGUUCCACAAAACCAUUUUGGACCCGUGCCUGGUGUUGAAGUGGGAACUUUGUGGAAAUUUCGAUUACAGGCUUCAGAAGCUGGUAUACAUCGUCCGCAUGUUGCUGGAAUCCAUGGACGUGAAAAUGAAGGUGCCUACAGCAUCGUACUGUCCGGUGGCUACGAAGAUGAUGAAGAUAAUGGGGACUCCUUCACUUACACUGGCUCAGGAGGCAGGGACCUCUCUGGCAAUAAAAGGACUGCUGAGCAAUCCUGUGACCAGCAACUGACUAGAAUGAACAGAGCCCUUGCUUUAAAUUGCAAUACUCCUGUAAACAAAAAUGGGGCAGAAGCUAAAGACUGGAAAGGUGGCAAGCCUGUGCGUGUGAUUAGAAAUUCAAAAGGUCGUAAGCAUUCAAAAUAUGCACCAGAGGAAGGCAACAGGUAUGAUGGCAUUUACAAAAUUGUAAAAUACUGGCAAGAUAAGGGUAAAAGUGGCUUCAAGGUGUGGAGGUACCUGUUGCGUCGUGAUGAUCCCACAUCUGCACCAUGGACAGAGGAAGGCAAGAAGAGAAUCAAGGAAUUAGGAUUGGAAAUGCAGUAUCCUGAUGGUUACCUGGAGGCACAAAGAGAGAAAGAAGAAAGAACAGCUGAUGAAGACAAUGAGUCAGAUCAAGAGGAGGAAAACAAAAAGAAGAAAGGCAAAUCUAACAAGAGGAAGAACAGCCAAGAUUUUAGCAAUGAAGGAACUGGGGCUUCUGAAACCAAGAAAAGGAAAGGUAUUGGUUAUACUCUUGAAAAUAAAGUGCAAAACCUGAUUAAAGAGGACUUGAGAAACAGCAAAGUUUGGGAAGAAUGUAAAUCGCUGCUUGCGGAAGGUCGCACUCAAUUCUUGAAUGGUGUUGAGGAAAGGUUCUCUUGCGUGUGCUGUCAAGAACUAGUCAUCAAGCCAGUCACCACAGAGUGUAAGCACAAUGUAUGUCAACCAUGCUUGCAACGAUCUUUCAAAGCUGAUGUUUUUACAUGUCCAGCUUGCAGAUAUGAUCUGGGUAAAGACUACAGUAUGGAAAUCAACAAGUCCCUUGGUAGUUGUCUUAAAACACUUUUUCCUGGCUACGAUGCUGCACGUUAGAUUACUGAACAAGUAUUUGUUUUGUUCUGUGUUACAAAUAUGGUGUGGAAUAUGACCUUAGAUUCUUACUAGUGUUAACGUUAAAGUCAAUUGGUUUAACUACCCACACAAAACCUAACUUCCUCUUAUCUGUCCGUGCAUGUAUGUGCACCUGACAUGUUCUUUCCAUAUACUGUACUACUACAGGAGUGAUCUGAUGAUUUCCCACUUUUCUUUCUUUACAUGAUUUUAAAAUAACUAAUCAUUUUUAUUAAUUAUAGUUGUUUACUGUUGCCUUACAGUUCUUGUAAUGUGCUGUGAACUGGAACUGGGGAUAUCCCAAAUUAGCACCAAUUUGUACAAACUAGUAUUGUGUUCUCACCAAUGUGCAUUACCCAUCUUGUUAACCAUUUUAUGACACAUGUGCUUUCUCCAUCUUCCUGUUACUCUUAAAUUCAUUUUAGUACCAUUUUUUAUGGUACUAUUUUUAAUAAAAAUCAUUAUUUUCCAAUACUUUAUUUCUCAAAUAAUUAUACAAUACAAUUUAACUCGC